ACCAAAGCGCUUAUGGGUCUGUGACCGCGGAAAGAUUUCGUCCUAUGUCCACCAACUAAACCAACCCCGUUUUCACGUUUUCGUGCAGAUUGAGUUCUUACCCGUCAGCUCCAUUUGGUGUGAUUUAAAAUUCAGACCGCAACUUUGUUCGUCUUACCGUGGUAACACAUAUUAGAAGAAGAAAAAGAAGAAGAAGACUAAAGCUUCUCUUCUUUAAAGAGGAGCCCAUCGACGGACUCCCGUGAUUGAUCACUCGCAUUCCUUACUUAAUAUUCCAUAUUCUACAAACCCUGGUGGCUAUAUUAGCUAUAAUAGUACGUCAACUUUUUUUUCUCGAUGUAUCAAGAGGAUAGUCAUCCCAGCCAAGAUGUCACGGCUUACACCAUCGCCAGCAGAUCUUUACAGAUCUCAAUCAACUACCAGUGUCGCCGCAUCUGACGACACUACCUCAUACCACAGCUUUCAUAAUAUCGAACUUUACGAGACCUCCACCACAACUACCACUGAAAAUAAGAUGUCUUCACGCCGAGAGGAAAGACCUGAAAUUAAACCAAUAAUUCGCCACGACUCUGGUUAUGAAUCAAUAUCCCCCCCUCGGUCUAGGUCAAUUGAGUCCCGGUCUCCUCAGCGGCGGAACUCUACCAUGUCUGCGGGUUCCCAAGCUCAACCGCGAACACGGCCUUCGGUGCGCCGUGCUGUAAAGUCCACUUCAGCAACUCACUUAAAACACUUAAGCACACAGCCUUCGCACUCGGUCCAAUUACCGCAGCAGCAGACUACGUAUUACUACUUUCCGCCCCCGGAGUCGCUGUCUGGAAACCAGGACGAGGAAGAAGAGGAUGCGCGCAACGCCGAGCUGUCGUAUCCUCCUCCCCCGCAGACGACCCACUACUGGACGAGCGAUCAUACCAGGCGUCUCGAAUACGCCGCCAUCGACGCUGCGAGCCGAGGGAUCAAGGGCUGGUUCAUGAAGCACAUCGUCCCGGACUGCUUCGUGCCCAAAGCGAACCGACGGGUCGGGUUCGACGACGACACGGGAAGCGUCCGACGGUACCGGCUCGAGCUCGACUGCGACGAGACGGGGGAAGAGAAGGGAAGCGGCGGCAAGAAAAUGGGCUGGCUCCUAGGCCGAUAAGACGAAAAAGAAAAGGGGGGGGG